AUGAAAAAAUCAUCAAACAAGAUUGAUACUAAUAGCAAUGAUGACUAUGAAGUUGAGAAACAAAAAUUAUUGUAUAAACUUGAUCUACAUCUACUUCCAACUCUUUCCAUUCUUUACUUGCUGUCGUAUCUCAAUGGAACAAAUAUUACAAAUGCAAAAUUAUUUGGUCUUGAACAUGAUAUUCACCUCACUUCAGAACAAUAUCAAUGGUGUUUAUCAAUCUAUUUUCUUGGUUUUGUAAUUUUUCAAAUACCAUCAAAUAUUGUUCUUCGUCGAUAUCAACCAUCUAGUUGGAUUUCUCUAAUCGCUUUUCUAUGGGUACUUAAAAAAAAUUCAUUUACCGACAAAAGUUCAUCAUAUUAUAAUCAUGCUUUCACAGGUUUAGCAGCAGUAGGUAUGGCAACUGUAGAUAGUUUCGAAACUCUACUACUAGCUCGAUUUUUACUUGGGAUUUUUCAAUGUGGCUUUUUUCCUGGAUUUAUCUACUACAUAUCAUUAUGGUAUCAAAGAAAAGAACAAGCUAUUCGACUUGGAUUCUUUUGGUCAUUUUCAGCACUUGCAGGAGCUUUUGGUGGUUUAUUUGCAUAUGCUAUUGCUCAAAUUAAAUUACCGAAACUAGCUGAAUGGCAACUUAUCUUUAUUAUUGAAGGUAUUCCAACAAUUAUUGUUGCAAUUCUCUGUUGGUUUUAUCUGCCUGAUUCACCAGAACAAGCAAGAUUUCUGACUGAUAAACAACGUCAAUUAGAAAUUGAUCGUCUUAUAGAAGAUGCUGGUGCAUCUCAUCAUGAUUCAUUUUCGUGGUCACAAGUUCUAUCUGUUUUUACUGAUUGGAAAACCUAUAUUUAUGCUAUGAUAUACAUAUGUGGAACUACUUCUUUGCAAUGUAUAACUCUUAUUUUACCUACACUAAUAUAUGAAAUGGGUCAAUGGACAUCAAUGGAAACACAAUUAAUGACGAUUCCACCCUAUUUUGUUGCAUUUAUAUUUAUAUUACUUGUUUCAUACAGUUCAGAUUAUUUUGUUGAGCGAUCUUAUCAUCUUGUUUUUACAAAUCUAUUAACAAUAUAUGGUCUCCUUUUAUUGAUGUUUAUUGAUCAACAACAUGUUUACAUUCUUUAUGCGGGUGUUAUUCUUGUUACAUCGGGCUUAUAUUCAAAUGUUAGUAUAAGAGUAGCUUGGAUUAAUAAUAAUUUUGCUUCAUUAACUCGACGUGCAGUUGCAUCAGCAUUCAUCAUUUCAAUAGCUGCUAUUGGCGGUUUGGUAGCAGGACAAAUAUAUCAAGCACAACAAAAACCACGAUAUUUUAUUGGUAAUACUAUUGCACUUAUCUUUAUUGUUUUACAAACAAUAUUAGUCAUUAUUCUUCGUCUGAUGUUUCUAUAUAUUAAUCGUCAACGAUCUCAAAUGAAUACUGAACAAAUUAAUCAGCAGAUUAAACGAUAUGGAGGAAAUGAAUUAGUUGGAGAUCGUCAUCCAGAAUUUCGUUAUACAUUGUAA